AGUCACGUGUCACAUCCGGGGCUUGCAACAAGCAUCGCGGCGCUACUCGCGUGGAGCUGUCUGCUACGUGGUGUACUACGCCUAAAACAAACAAUCGCCUUCUAGUCCAGCGAGCUUCCAAGCGCUUGUUCAAGUUUACUCAACUUUUGGAGUCUUUUCUUGCAAACCUGAAACGCCGGUGGUGUUACAGAAGUCGCGAUCGCACGACGGAAACUAUACGCCGAGUUGUGACCUCCGUGAAUGAAACGAGAGAUCUUGAUCACACACUUCGCAGCUGGACAUAAACAUUUGCGACUGCAUGACUCUGCUCAACGCUUUGCGGUGAUGUUUCGAGUGAUUCACUAGUAAUCGCGCCUGGCUGUUAACUUAGCCCACCCUCGCGGGAUGUUUCGCGACGCCAACGAUGUUGUGGCGGCUGUGCCACGGCGCAGUUGUGUGGAAGCUUCUACGGCUAUGACCCCUGCCGAUGCUCUGAGGCCGACAGCACUCGGCUGCUAAGAGGAGAUGCUGCCAAAGAAAAAACUCAAAUGGCUCCUUCUAGUUGCCAUCGUGUGGGUCGGAGGGGUCGGUUACUACGCCUACAGGAGCGGACACUUUAAACAGUCGGAAACUGGCAACGAAGCGCUGAGGCUGAAACCCUCAGCCACCGCGGCACUGCAGCACUACCCCGGCCGCCAAGUGUCGUGGCGCUACUUCGACGAGAAGGCCUACGUGGCGCAGUCGCAGGUGCCAGGCAGCGACCCUUAUCAGCGUCACAAGUUCAACCAGGAGGCCAGCGAUGCUCUGGCCAGCAACAGGGCCAUCCCCGACACACGCCACCCUCAGUGCGCCAAGGAGGGACUCCUCAAGCCACAGGAGGAGUUACCUGCCACCAGCGUGGUCAUCACCUUCCACAACGAAGCACGCUCAGCUCUCCUCCGGACCAUCGUCAGUGUGCUAAACCGGAGCCCCGCGGAGCUCAUUGAGGAAAUCAUUCUGGUCGACGACUUCAGCGACGAUCCUUCCGACGGUGAAGAGCUGGCGAAAAUCCAGAAGAUCCGCCUGUUGCGCAACACUCAGAGAGAGGGGCUGGUGCGGAGUCGCGUGCGUGGAGCCAGGGCGGCCAAGGCCCCGGUGCUGACGUUCCUCGACAGCCACUGCGAGUGCAACCAGGGUUGGCUGCCUCCGCUGCUCCGCCGAGUGAAGGAGGACCCCCGGCGAGUCGUCUGCCCCGUCAUCGACGUCAUCAACCUCGAGAGCUUCAAGUACUUCGGCGCCUCAUCUGACCUCAGAGGCGGGUUCAACUGGAACUUGGUCUUCAAGUGGGAAUUUUUGUCUAACAAGGAACGGGAGGAGCGGGCUAACAAUCCAACACUGCCCAUCAGGACCCCCAUGAUAGCGGGCGGCCUAUUCGUGGUAGAUCGAGCCCAGUUCGAGCGCCUCGGUGCCUACGACACAGCCAUGGACAUCUGGGGUGGCGAGAACCUUGAGCUCUCGUUCCGAGCGUGGCAGUGCGGCGGCAGCCUCGAGAUCCUGCCGUGCAGCCGAGUUGGCCACGUCUUCCGCAAGCAGCACCCCUACUCCUUCCCCGGAGGGAGCGGCAACGUCUUCGCCAGGAACACGCGUCGGGCUGCCGAAGUUUGGAUGGACGACUACAAGAAGUACUACUAUGCCACAGUGCCCGUCGCCCGCAACGUGCCCAUGGGCAGCGUUGAAGAACGGCUGAACCUACGUAAAAGCUUGGGAUGCCACUCUUUCCAGUGGUACCUGGACAACGUUUACCCGGAACUCAAGGUGCCGGCGGCCGGGGGUGAACGCCUCGCGUCCUUGCGUCAGGGCCAGAUGUGCCUGGACACCCUCGGAGGCAGCGAGGGAAACCCCGUAGGGCUCUUCACCUGCCACGGGUCUGGGGGCAACCAGCAGUGGAGCUUGGCCUCGCGACUCAUAGCUCACGGUGGUCUCUGCAUCACAGUCGACACGGAGGCGCCUUCCGGCGCGGCGCGAAGUCACCCCCUGGUCUUGCGGCCGUGCGGCGGACACCCCUCACAGAGAUGGCUGUGGCGCGACCAGCGUCUGGAACAGCCCGGCGGAAAGCUCUGCCUCGACGGUGGCGGAGACCAAGUGGCGGCGAGACCGUGCCGACGUGGCGCCACCUCGCAGCUCUGGGCGCUAUCCAACUGAACGGCUCGGAACGGUCGGCGUGCCAAAACACAAACUAAGAAAAACAAUGCCUCGGUAAACAGACGUGCCGCGGCAGCGUUGGUGCUGCGUUGAAGGCUUUACAGGAAAAGAGAAGACGAACGGCUAGCACUUAAGACAAGGUAUCGAUUCAUAUCCCACGUGCAAUCCCGCAAAUAUUUAAUGGUACAAAUAAAUGAAUGGUUCUAAACCGA